AGUGUAGUAAAGCCGCCACUGUACCUGCAGGCUACGCGCACGCGCGCGCACGCAUGAGUGCUUUGGAAAAAAGACGUCCACACGCAGAGCUGAGGGCGCGCAUGCGUGUGUGUGGUCUUCCACCUUUCAACGCUUUGCAUUUUUUACCUGCAGUGGACAAUUACGCACAGUCAGACGCGCACGCUGGCGCAUGCACGCCGCAGCAGCAGCGCGCGGCAGCAGCAGAGGGAAGAGGAGGCGCGCGCAUCCGGACCGCACGCGGCAGGCAUUAUGAAGCACAGCGGCCAUGUCUAAAGCCACGGUGAAGAAGCUGCACUGGCGCUCCAAGGUCCAGGAGAGCUUCGUCCCGCUGGGCGGCGGCACCGGCUCAGGAGAACUGGGUCUGGCCAUUGGAGGCGGAGCUGAUUAUGGCGAGUUUCCAUUCGUCACUGCAGCCCCAGGGGGCGGGGCUACGGUGGGUGACAUCAUCUUAGAGAUCGGGGGGACGCCCGUGUUGGGGAUGACGCUGGGUGACGUCAGAGGAGUCCUGAACUCCUGUCCUCAUCCAAUCAGGAUCAAGACUGUGUCCCCAGGUUCCUCUCUGUGUAAAGACCUCAGGUUGUACCUCAGCAAGUGUUUUACCCCGGGCUCCAUGGACAGUCAGCUUCAGCAGCUCAUCAGGGAGAACCUGUACCUGCGCGCCGUUCCGUGUACGACCAGGCUGCCGCGGGACGGAGAGAUUUCAGGUGUGGACUACAACUUUGUUUCUAUCGAGGAGUUUUUCUCUCUGGAAGAGUCUGGAGCUCUGCUGGAGAGCGGCAAGUUCAAAGGGAAUUACUACGGAACGCCCCGCCCCGUCCACAUCGGACCAGAGAGUCCACCAAUCACGUACCAAGAGCACCGCAACCUGCUGAGGAACUUCAGGACAAGGAGCAAGUCUCUGAGUAACCUGGAGAAAGCCGUGGAGGAAGGGGACAACAGCGAGGAGGACAAUGGGCCAUCAGGUUCAGCCCCACCCACAACGCUGCCACUCAGCCAGUCAUGGGACUUACCAGUCGGGAGUCGGGAGGGAAUGGAGAACGGAGCAGGAGGCAGAGGAGCGGGUAGAGGAAGAGGAGGAGGUCCACUUCCUGAAAACUGGGAGUUGGCCUACAGUGACUCAGGGGAGCCGUACUACAUCAAUCACAUCUCAAAGACGACCAGCUGGACGGAUCCUCGAACGCAGAGCAAAGAGACGACGCCCUGCACUGAACUUCCAGAGUUCACGGACCAGCCGAGCCAGCUGAGGGGCUACUCCAUCCACACCAGGCUCUCUAAAGGUCCUCGAGGUUUUGGCUUCAACAUCGUCGGGGGAAGUCGCCCUCAAGAGUUUCUGCAGGUGUACAGCGUCACACCUGGAGGACCACCUACUCUGAGUACAGCGGACAUCCUGGUCUACAUCAACGACUCCUGUGUGCUGGGCCGCUCUCACAAAGAGGUGGUGGAGAUGCUGAAGUCGGUGCCGAUGGGUCAGAGCGUGGAUGUGGUGCUGAGGAGAGGAUACCCGAUGCUUUACAACCCAGACGGCUGUCCCAAACAGAACCUGGAGCCUCAGACUCCCAGCGAGUCCUCCAUCCACACCAGAGCCCUGACGCACCUCACCUACAGCCGCACGCUGGACGCCAACGGCAUCACGCCAGGUCCCACUCAAACCCCACCCUCCUACAACUCUCAGCCAAUGACAAAUGGUCUGACUGGACCUCCCACCCCCACAUCCUCAGAGGUGUCGCAGCUCCCCCCUCCCUCUGCAGAGAGGACUCCAACCAGUCACAGCGACUCUGAGGGCGGCCAAUCCAGCGCUGGAACCCGCAGGUCUUCUUUGAUUCGCUACAACAGUAGUACCCUCCCCGCCUUCUCCUCCUCCUCGCUCCUCCUUCAUCAGAGCUCCAAGUCUUCAGAGAGCGACCUGUCCACAUCCACACUCCCCAACGUGUCCUCGUCCUCCCAUGUGUUGUCCAAACUGCCCCUCUCUCAGCUUGAUAUGGGCCGUGUCCAAAACCUCAGUGCCACCACCAGCGACAACCCCCCCGCCGCCGCCGCAGCCCCCCCUGCUGCCACGCAGCGCCAACCGAUGCCUCAGACGUCUCUCGCUGCGACGCCACCCAGAGACAUCCCUCCAUGUGGCUUUAACGGGUGUCCAGCUAACCAUGCGCUGACCCCUCUGUCCUCCAGAGGAACCGCAGGUCUGCUGCUGCCUCUUGGUGCCGGGUCACCAGGGGCGGCGCAUGGAGGAGAGCUGGUCCCCGUGGCUCUGGGACACAGGGAGAGCGGCGGGUUGGGCUUCAGCAUAACAGUGGGAGGACAGGGAGGCCAGCAGGCUGUGGUGAGGCGGGUUUGGGAUCGGAGGCAGUGUCCUUCGCUGCAGGCUGGAGAUGUUAUUGUGAAGAUCAACGGAGCCGACGUGCAGAGCCUCAGCUUCACUCAGGUCCAGAGGGUCUUGCAGGAACACACCAAACAGGGAGAGGUGGUGCUGCUGGUGCACAGAGGAGGUCCGCUCUCCUCUCCGCUCGUCACGCCAAACCUCUACAAGCCCCUCUCCUCCCCUCACAUCCUCACCACGCCUUCCUCCUCUUCCUCCACCGAACUGCCUUCCCCGUCCACGGAUGCCUCUCUGGGGGGCGUCCCCCCGCUCAGCCAGGCUGGCGUGGCCCUGGAGGGGCCGCAGGAGGGCCAGCUGCCCUCUGCAGGGACCCAUCAAGGGACCCCUCCUGCUCAGACCCCUAACGGCCCCUCGGCCUCCAGCCUCAUCCAGAGCACCAGCUUCCUGGAUUCGGUUCCGGUGACGCUGACCUUGGAGCCCCGUGACCUGCAGGGCGUGGAGGACAGCGCCGGUCCGGUGCGUGGAGGCGGAGCUCUGGGAGCCGUCACCAAAGAUGGAAGAGGGGGGGCGAAGACGGUGGAGGUGGAGCUGAGGAGGCGGCCGGGGGAAGGCUUUGGGUUCGUCAUCGCCUCUCAGGAAGUGAGCGGAGCCUCCUCCAUGAUGGCGCACCGCUUCGUGACGGUGCGGCGCGGCAGCCCGGCGGCGCGCAGCGGCCAGAUCCAGCCCGGGGACCGGCUGGAGGCGGUGGAGGGCCGGGCGGUGGGGGGGCUGCAGCACCGGGACCUGUCCCAGAUCCUGAGGAGGGCGGGGAACUCGCUGCGGCUCAGCAUCGCCCCCAAACAGCGGCCCUGCUCAGACGGAGCCGACGCCGACGGACGCCUGGUCAAAGGGCCCAGAGGGGGGGCCAAGGAUGAGUCCCGGUUCUACAGCGUGGAUCUGGAACGAGGUCCAACAGGGUUCGGUUUCUCCCUGAGGGGGGGCAGCGAGUACAACAUGGGGCUGUACGUCCUGGGCCUGAUGGAGGGGGGGCCGGCCCAGCGCAGCAACAAGAUACAGGUGUCCGACCAGCUGGUGGAGAUAAACGGAGACAGCACGGCGGGAAUGACCCACAGUCAGGCUGUGGAGCAGAUCCGGAGAGGAGGACACCGGAUCCACCUGGUUCUGAAGAAGGGAAACGGAUAUGUUCCAGAUUAUGCAGGCCCUGAGGAAGGAGCUCUCUCCCCCGCCUCCUCCCAGGAGCAGGAGACAGUAACCAUGGCAACCGCUUCCCUCAGCAGGCAGUGGGGAGAAGGAGGCGCUGCUGGAGGAGGAGGAGAGAGAAAGAAGGAGAGGAAGGUGGAAACCAGACGGAGAACAGGAGGAGCGGGACCUCCUGACCUGGACCUGGACCUGGUGGAGGAAGAAGAGCAGAUGAGAUGGAAAAAGGAGGAAAAGGAGACUGAGAGUAGACGACAAGCAGAGGAGGAAGAGGAGACGUACAGGAGAAGAAGAAAGAAGAAGGUGGAGGAGGAGAGAAGUCGGACGGUUAGUCAGAAGAAGCUGGACAAGCAGGGGAGGAGGAGCAGGAGCUUACCGAGAAGCGGAGCUUCAUCCGGGGGGUUCUCGUCACCAGAGGAGGAGGGCGGAAGCAGGAGGGAGAGGAGGAAGACCCACACCGUCGGCCGCCAUGCAAAGCAUCAUGGGAGCUCAGCUGCAGCUCCGCAGGCGGCGUUCUCCUUCCUGAUGCCGAUGAGUGAUGACAAGCCUCCAUCUGACAGCGAAUCAGCAGCCAGCUUCUCAGAGAUCAGCCAAUCAGCAUCCAGCAUGGCUCCUGCUGCCAGGGAGAACCCUGACAGCGGGCCGGGCCGCUGGCUGACACCGAGCCCUCAGAGGCUGACCCAGGUUCUGACGGGCAGCAGGCUCAGGGGGCGGGCCUUAGUGGACGGACUUUCUCUCUGAUUGGCCAGCAGGGAGGACACGUUCUGUUUUCAUUCACUGAACUUUUUUAUUGGCUUAAUAAGGGCUUAUUUGGUUGGCCUGCUGAGAGAAGCCCCGCCUCUUACUGUUUCCUAUUGGACGAGUGCUGAUGAACCAGUCUCUGAUUGGCCAGAGAACAUCUGGCCAUGGACCUGCUCGCUGAAUCACGCCUGCACCUCAUUACCCAUCCUGCCUCAUUCUCAGGCUCCAUCCAAACACCCUUAAUAACAGCUCCUAGCGCCUACCUCCUAGCUCCUGUUCCUACCUCCUAGCCCCUAGCUCCGGUUCCUAGUUCCUGUUCCUAACUCCUACCUCCUAGCUACUAGCCCCUAGCUACGGUUCCUAGCUCCUGUUCCUAUCUCCUACCUCCUAGCCCCUAGCUCCGGUUGCUAGUUCCUGUUCCUAUCUCCUACCUCCUAGCUACUAGCCCCUAGCUACGGUUCCUAGCUCCUGUUCCUAUCUCCUACCUCCUAGCCCCUAGCUACAGUUCCUAGCUCCUGUUCCUGGCUCCUGUUCCUACCUCCUAGUCCCUAGCUCCGGUUCCUAGCUCCGGUUCCUAGCUCCUGUUCCUGGCUCCUGUUCCUACCUCCUAGUCCCUAGCUCCUGUUCCUAUCUCCUACCUCCUGCUCCCUGACCUUUCCUGGGUCAGCAGAACUCCAUCAGGGAGGAAAGGAGCUUCAGCUGCUGAGCUGAUUCCAGACUUUAACUCUGAUGGAAACAUGGAGGAUGGAGUCAGAAACAUGGAGGAUGGAGUCAGAUCCUACAGCCUUCUGGACAUGAGCUACAGAGACACUCUCUGCUCUACGCAUGUUUUAGUUGGUUUAUGUGAGGAGGCUGUGCUGAUACAUCAUGGCACGCAAAGGAUUGUGGGAUACCUAAAGGGUUUUUAGCGUCGGUAAGGGACGUUGUGGGGUUCCUAGGCUAAACUAACCACGGGAGGAAGCAUCCAGGCUCCUUUCCUCCUUCCUCACUGACUGACCUAUUCAGACAGCAUCAUGGCGACCGCUGGCGCUCUUCCUCUUUGGCUAACGAGUCCCGGCUGUUUAAGGGUUUUCGGAUUGAGCCUCAGCCCUCUAACCAGUCAUGUCUCCACUUUGGGACCUCGGUAACCGUGGCAUGUUUGGUUGAACUGCGCCCUGGUCCUCCAGCAUCAUCAUGAUCCUUUAAACUGUAUGCAAAUGCCAGCGCUGUCUUGUGACUGUAUGUCCUCAGCAUGUGAAUACAACUGGAAUGAUUUUUUUUAUUUUUCUAAUGUGUAAAUGAUCCCUGACAUGAUUAUUGAUAUUACUGAUAUAUUAUUAUGAUUAGAGAUGAACAGAACCUGAGGGGUGAUCUGCUUGCCUGCUUGUAAAAAUGAAAAUGAUGAUUUAACAGAGCCAUACCCACACACACUGAUGUCAGGUCCAGCUGUUAUCCGGCAUCCUCAGAGUCACCGUGGCAACCGCGUCAUAGUGAUGGGAUGAACUGUAGCUCCGGAUCAGAACAAGUGCCUCUGUUUUUUUGUCCUGCAAUCAUUUCCUGUCUUGUCUGUCCACCAUGUUCUCCCACAAUGCCAAGAGACCACGCCCAGUCACAAAACAUCAGAAACAGGUUCCACACUGAGUUUUAUAUGAGAUUCAAAUAAAGACAGAGUAAAUAUGCA